CUAAAUCACAGUUCCCACGGCUCGGUCCGCACUUGCUCCAACUUUUCGGCUGUAAACAACAUCAAAAAGCGCUCCCGGCCCCAAGGAUCCCCCAUGUAUUAUGUUCAUUCGCCUGCAGGUGAGGCCGCUCGCACGCAAUCCACGGCAGUCCAAGCAAUUAGCCUGAUUUCGUCUACGUCAUCGCCGGACCCAAAAUAAUUUGCACUGCGGACCAAAGUCGCAUUUGCAUUGUGCGCUCGAUGACGUCUGGCCUCACGAUUUACAUGGCCGGCGGCCAGAGGCCAUAGCACAAUGAGCUGGGUUCGGGAGAUCCGACUGAUAGCGACAAAUUAACUUGACAAAAGAGGCGGGCAUCAAGAGGGCCACUUAGCACCUUAGAUGAUAGAAUCAUUUGCUACGAACAACAGCCACCAUGCAGCACAGCAGCGCAGGAAGCGAGGAGCGGAUAACCAGUUCGACCAGCAGCCCCAGAUCGGGCCACAAAUCCGCUGGCUCCCUAUUCGGGUUGCUGAGCAAGCGACCCAGUAAAGUAGAACCACAUCCCGUGACACCCGAAUCGCCCAGACUCCAGCAAAGACCAGUGUCCGCCUGCGGGCAGUACGAUGUGAGUUUCGCCAAAUGCAGUGCGGAGACCGCAGGAAACCAUGUGAACAACAAUGGCAGCGCCCACAAGAGCCAAACCCUGCCGCUGGAGAAGUCGCACAGCGGGCUAAUCAGCUUCCACAGGCGCGCCAAGCCAAGUUCCUCGAAGGCAAAGAAUCACUCGCAUCGCCACAGCACGGAUGCGGGUUCCCAGAGCGACGGAGGAGCCGAUGUAGUUAUGCGCCGCAAGUCACCCAAGCACAGAUCGCCAAAUCACAACCGAUUUAGCCAUCAAUUCAGCCUGUGCUGCAAGGCGGAGAAGAAACCGAUGACGCCGCCUGUCACCGUGCGAUAUAACUCCAUACCGGACAGCAACAGCGUUUUGCGACGCGACAACCUCUCGCUCAGCUGGAGCAUGGUGGACAACAACUCGGGCUCGCUGCAUUCCAGCGAAGGAUCCUCACACCGACCGCGUCCGUCCAGCGAGUGUGCCAGUGCGCCAGAGUCACCGGUGGCAAGUAAAACCUUUUUUGCCCACUGCAGCCCGGCGGCGGCCAGUGCUUCGGUGGCCCGGAGCGAAAGCCUGCAGAAUCGGUCGCCCAUCAGACCCAUAGCAGUGUCCGCCUGCCGUUCCCGACUGCGUUUGAAGCUCUAUCCACCGGGACAAGAGUUGCCGCCUCUACAGGCCGCCGAGGAGCCUGGAGAUAUUAAAAGAGCCACCACGCCGCAGCACAUGUCUUCGCCCAAUAUUGCCACCCAGCCAGAUGGAAUAGAACUAAUUCAGGAGCAGCCGGGCGUGAGGUUUAUGUCGCAUGAGAACAUGACCCUCCAGCGGCAAGGAUCGGGAUCCAACCUGGCCCGCCAGACCCUGAUGGCGGCGCAUGCAUUGAACCUCAUCCCGGCGGACAAGGCCAGGGAACGGAGCUACCUUGAUGGCAGGCUGGGUUCGUCUUCACUUCUCGGCCCCAGUGAACUGGGCCGCGUGUUGCCGCAAAAAGAGGUCACCAUCUUCGUGGGAACAUGGAACAUGAAUGGACAUCAUGCACCCAAGCAACUGAAUGACUUUGUGCUGCCGGUCAAUGUGGAGCACGUUCCCGACAUUGUGGUCAUGGGCACACAGGAGUCCACGCCUGACCGCUUCGAGUGGGAAGUCACCAUUCAGGAGACCCUGGGACCCUCCCACGUGCUCUUUCACGCCACGACUCUGGGCACGCUCCACUUGGCCGUGUACAUGCGGCGGGAUCUGAUCUGGUACUGCUCGGUUCCCGAGGAUGCCUCGAUGUCGGUGCGCACGGGAUCCGCCUUUCGCACAAAGGGAGCUGUGGCCAUAUCCUUUUGUCUGUUCGGCACUUCCAUGCUGUUUGUGACCUCGCAUUUAACGGCUCACCAGCAAAAGGUGAAAGAGCGUGUGUCGGACGUGAAGCGGAUUAUCAAUGCCCUGGACUUGCCUCGCAACUUGCCCAAUCUGCGGCAUAAGAACAAGGAUGUAACGCAGAACUUUGACAACGUCUUCUGGUGCGGCGAUCUUAAUUUUCGGCUAGGCGAGCCGCGCGAGAAGCUGCUGGAGUGGAUUCAAAACACCAAGUUCCCGCUGCCAUCGCAUCUGCCGCAUGGCUACAUGCACACGGAUCAGCUGACUUCUGUUCUGGCGGAUGGCGCCGCCUUCCGAGGAUUUAUGGAGGCUAACAUCACAUUUCCACCCACGUACAAGUACGAUCCGGGUAGCCAGAACUUUGACACCUCGUCGAAGCAGCGGGCACCCGCUUACACGGAUCGCAUCCUCUACAAGUACCGCCAAAUGCAGGGACUAGUCAUCCGGCGUCAGACCCUUGUGCCCGGUGUUUCCACACCCACGCAGCCCUACGUUCAGUGUCUACUCUACGACUCUGUGCCGUCGAUAACCACGUCGGACCACAAGCCUGUGUGGGCGCUCUUUCGAACACUCAUUCGUGCGGGAACCGAUGCAAUUCCCCUGGCUGCUGGUCUCUUCCAUCGCGACAUUUACCUGGAGGGAAUGCGUCGGCGCUUGAAUAACCAAUACACCGGCGCCUCGGCGGUAUGCGUGCUACAGUAAACUACUGAGAUAUUAACCAAAGCUAGGAUAGUGAACCCUCGGCAGGCCUUCUUUUGGCCACCCAACCCAACAUUUACUCGAAUCUCAAAGUGCUAGUCAAAGCUUUCCUACGGUUGUGUGACGCCUUUGCAUUACCCCGAUUAGAUUGUUAUCUAGUUCGCUGUCGGAUACCGAAUAACGAGUUAACCACGAGUUACCCUGCAAUGCUGCGGUAGUUCAUAGGCGCUGCCUUUCGCCUCGAGGCCUUAGUCGUAAUACGUUCCUUAAGAGAUAAUUGAAUACAUACUCGAGCAACAAAUCUGUACCUCUACUCUGAAGCACAAGCUUAGUCCGUAGUUAAACUAAAUCUGUUAGUUAAAGUUUAGUCAAAUAUUGAAAUGAAAUCGAAAUAUGAAUUACUUUGAAUGUUUAAUCUAAACUAGCAGUAAAUAUACUAUAUGAAUCCGAA